AUGUUGCACAGAUCUGAAACUCGAGGUAACUGUGCAUUAGAAGUCGCUCUCAUCCCCGAGAACAACCUCUGUGAAAAUGUUGUGGACACAGCAAAAGCCAAAAUGGCCCAAGGCUGCUCCUUGCUCUGCUGCUUGAGUGGUACUGGGGGGCUGACAGUAGGCGACAUUUCAGAGAGCAAGGCACCGGGGAGAACGGUUGAUGGCACAUUUACAGAGUGAGUAAAGUGAGCUAAACAAAAAUGUAAACUGCCAUAUGCAUGUAUUUGCACAUUGAUGAUGGGAUUGGUUAACACAUCUCGUGUGUCUCUCUCUCUGUGUGUGCGGGUGGGUGGGUGGAGGAGGAAGACUUUUCUUAUAUCUUCAAAAAGUUCACUAAUUGAAUGAAUUCCUCCUUGUCUGUAGCUUUGCCUGGGAGGAGGUGACAGUUUACAAUGGAGCCCGUGGCAGCCCUAGACUGCUGGCUGUGAGCUCUGAGUGUGAGCUGACACUGUAUGAGCUGGAAGCAGAGGGCCCUACCUCUGGCCCUCUUGUCUCUGCCUCUGAGUUCACAGCAGAGAAGCUACUGCAGCUGGUCAAGGAGAAAGCCCUGAGUAUGUGACACCAAUGUCUUUAUCAUUAUCAGUUUAAUUCAGAUUCAAAGUAUUGGAUAAUAUUAGUCUUUCAGACCACAUUAGGGUACGCAGAAUUAGCAGUUUACAUUUACAUUACAUUUACGUCAUUUAGCACACUCUUAUCCAGAGCGACUUAUAAAUUGGUGCAUUCACUUUAUGAUAGCCAGUGGGACAACCACUUUACAUAUUUUUAUUUAUUUUAUUAUAUAUAUAUAUAUAUAUAUAUAUAUAUAUAUAUAUAUAUGAUAUAUAUAUUAUUAUUUUAAAAUAUAUUUUGUAGGGGGGGUGGUGGGUAGAAGGAUUACUUUUAUACUAUCCCAGGUAUUCCUGAAAGAGAUAGGGUUUCAAGUGUCUCCGGAAGGUGGUCAGUGACUCCGCUGUCCUGGCGUCGUGAGGGAGCUUGUUCCACCAUUGGGGUGCCAGAGCAUUUGUGCCUGAAGUUAUACUCUCAUUGUGAUUUUCGUAGCUUUGAGUGUUCUUUUACGUAAAUUCCAACUUUAAUCUAGCCAUAUGAAUUCGUAACCUAUACUAAACUGCAUUGCUUGCAUUUUGAUUCUGCAGGUGUGUCUGAGGUGGUGUCCUUGAGGCUGCUGUCCUUUGUGGAUGCCAGAUGCUUUCUCCUGCUCAACUCCAGUGCUAUGGUGCAGCUGCAGUGGCAGCAGGGGGCUGAACCGGAGACCCUGUCCUGCUGCACCAUCGUUCUGCCCCCAAAAGCCCCCCUGGACACAUGCACUGACUACCAGCUCUGCAGAGGCAUACUAUUUGUGUUGACCACAGCUGGAGUCAUAUGUAUCCUUAGCAGUUUCAUGAGUAGUAGUUAGUCCUGAAACACAGGGCUGUGCAGACUUCUAUGGCGUCUAGCCAUAACUGCCAUAGGAGUCAACAGCCAUCUCUCAGGACAAAGUAGUAGUAUCUUACUCUGUUCAAGAUUGUCAUUCAGUAUACUGCUCUAUCUUUAACGCAGUGCUCCAGAUGUGUUUGACAGUGCUGAGGGGAGGAAGCUGGCCAGUGUAGACCUGCCCUCGUACCACACUGCUGGGCUGGGGGAAGACGAGGUGGCGCCCUGCCUGGACGCCUUCCGUCUCCUCCAGGUGUCUCCUGACCUGGGUACUGCUGUUGCCUGCACUCAGUCCAACACUGCCUUCGCUGUCGACCUCAACCACUACUUCAGGUAAUUCAGCAGUAAACAGGGAAGAACUACCACUGAAACUCACCAAGAUGGUUUACUUGUGAUUCAAUCUGUCCAGUCCACCUGGAUGUCUCACAAUUUGUCUUUCCUUGAUUCCUUGCUUUCUCUUUCUUCGCCUCUUUCCCAAAAGCAUUCAAGGAGAACAUCCUUGGUUCCUCCCUUGGCACCUUUUCCUUCAAUGCGUUUUUAGAAGGAGGCGAGGAGAGAGGAAGCAAGCCAUCGAAGAAAGACAAAUUGAGAAGGAUUUUGGAUGAGCCCCUUCUUCCUCUGACUGACAGAUGUUGUUGUGGCUUUUUCCUGUCCUCCUGGUAGGAUGUACCCAGAGCAUCUGCUGUGUCGGGUGGUCCCCAGUCGCCCUCCCCUCAGGCCCCAGGAUCCCUGUGACGAGGACAGCCUCUCCAGCUCCACCUACAGCCACACUGUGCUGGGCACCUCCUUCAGCACUGACCGGUAAGAGGAAGAGCAUAGAAUAGAACAGAAUGGAAUACUCUGUUGUCAGUCUUGUACAUUAUAUUUUAGUUAAAGUGGAGUGUAUUGCAUACCAUAUUGUUUGUUUUUAUCUUUAAUCCCCUGAAAGGUAAAUGGGGUUAAUCAUUAUUUGUCUUCCUCCCUCCCCCUUCCCCUUAUCUCCAGGUCCUGGGAAGCUCGGCUGACUUCUCUGUACAACAAGGCCAAGGCUACCCCUCCUUCUUCUCCUCAGACUACGGGGGCUCCCUGGUUUAAGGAUUUCCCCCACAUCGAGUGUGGGCGGGCAGCUGUCGCUGCCAAGCUCUCCCAGAGCAGAGUCCCAUCAGGGGGAGCCACCAUGCAGUUCUCUGUCCCCGACACCGCUGCCCCAGUGCUGCUCUCUGUCUCUGAAUUCUCCGCUGUGUUGACCUUUGUCUCCCCUGGCAACAGCGAGACAGCUGUGGCCUUCUGGGAUCUGCAGUCCCAGAGUGUGACCUACCACCGGCUCACCUCGCCCACCGUGCCUGUCCAGCGUACCGCAGAGGAGGAGCUCAGCCUGCUUCUCAAGAGUGAGUCUGCUACUGACACAUAUGAGAGGUGUUUAGUGGUCCAGUCUCAGUCAUGGCUCAAAUCUGCUUGAAAAUCAGAGACAAGGUUUGAAUAUUGCUGUCCAUCAAUGAUUCCCAACCAAAUGUACUGAGCUAGAUCAAUUUUGAAAGGAAAAAGGUUACUUUUCAGUCUGUCGAUCAGUAUAACAUACUAUGUGCCAGGGUUUGACAUUAAUGCUUGUCCGCUUGCCCGGGACAAGUAAAAAAAUAAAUAAUUGUCAAACAAGAAGAAUAUAGACUAAAGUUGUUCGAAUGGACAAGUAAAAAUUAAAAUCACACAAAAAUCACAAUAUCAAACAAUUUGGCUACUCCGAUCAGAAUUGGAUCAGUGUCCUCCGGAUGCAAUGUGUUGCACACUGUCCUCCCAAUCUCUGCAGAGCGCAUCGGAGUAUAAUAUUAUAGGCCUGCAUUGACAGGAACGAGCGGUGUUUCAAUCAUGCAGUCACAAGAUUAUGUUUUUGAGAUCAAAGCGAGCCUAGCCGAGUGUGCACAUUUGUCGUUAUUUAUUGCUAGUUAGUGAGCCCAUUUAUAGCUCAUUUUUGGUCAGCAAUUCAAAUCCUGGAAAAGUCAUGGUGUGUGCAUCACCUGCGUGUGCCAGUGGGUCGUUGCCAGAGGAGCGAGAGAGACAUUUGCGCAGCAGAUAAAAUAAUGAUAGAGAACAGACUAGCAAGGUUACCUGCCAAACUACACUAUGUUUUGAAUUGGCUGUCUCGCUAGUUAACUAUUUAGCUAUUAGCAUGUAUUAAUGUCAUUGUCAUGUCCGAUGUCCUAAAAUAACUUUCCAUAGGCACUCGUGUAUAAUCGAAAAUGACAGACACGCAGUUGAUACGGGUGCACAGUUGAUGAAACCAAUGCUGCAUACUCCGUUUGAAAAAACGUCUCUCAAGCGCUCAAAAUUGGCUAGGAUUCUCCUUUAUUCAAUACUGGCCAUAUCAUUCUGACAACGUUACAAAAAUAUUGACAAGUAACUCCUAUGCUGUCAAGAUCUCCCCUGAACACUGAAUAUUUUAACCUAACAAAUAGAUAAACAUUUUAGUUGGCUACCUCGUCCACCUUAACCAUUUGAUCCCUGGUUCAUUGAAUGAGGGAAUUCUUUUAGAAAGACAUAAAACGUAUUUGGUUGUAAUUGUAAUGUUGUAGGGAGGCCAACCAUCCUCCAGGAGAUUCCAGGAGAGCUACUGGGUGUGCAGGCUUUUGCUCCAGCCCUGCUCUAACACACCACAUUGUAAAAAAUCAGCUGAUCAACAGAACCUUGAUAAGCUGACUGGUGUGUUUGAACAGGGUUGGAUCAAAAGCCUGCACAGCCAGUAGCUCUCCAGAUGGAGGGUUGAUGGACCACAUGUGUUUUAUACAGUAGCCUAUCAGUGCAGUAUUUUACUUUGUGGGGGGUUAAGUGCCUUGCUCAAGGCCACAACGGCAGGAGAUACUGUAUAAUACAUGGGAUCAGAGACAAGCAGCCGUCCGUUGCCAAUACAGGUGAUAAUAAUGAAUGUUAUUUUGUGAAGUGGUUCCUUGCAUAAUAUAACACCAUUUUCUGUCACCUUUUUGGCCCAACUGUUUUGGGUGGGUGGGGACAAGUGACUUGAGCUUUCGGACAAGUAAAAAAUCAGUCCUACUUGUCUGAAGGACAAGUGGCUAAAAAGGUUAAUGUCAAGCCCUGUAUGGGGAGUCAACGACCAAUCCUAUUCACCUGAAGCAAACUGAAAUCACGCCCAUUUCCUAAAUUCUUUAGCUCACCUGAAGGAAGAACGUGUCACACAAUUUACAAACUUUUCAAGCACAUGAAGGCUAUGAGAUUUGGCUGUUAGUGGAGAGAGAGUACUCGUCCUCCUAGAUGUUGCGAGUUUUGGGUCUUGGUAACGUUUUUUGUGUUUGCUAAAAACCAAUUACUUUCUGCUCUGCUUGUGUAGCCAGUGCUUCCUUGCUUGAGUAAGAUGGCCAGUGGGUAAGAGUAAGUUCAAAAAGGCUACCCAGCUGAGUUUGAACCUCCAACCAUGCCAACCUCCAACCAUGAUACUCAAUUGUGCUUUCCUGUUGCCUUGGGUGGAAACACGCUCAGGAGACCUUGGCUUGGACCAGUUUGUGUGACCACUGUGUCCGGCUGGGUUCAACUUCCAUUGGGAGUCGGGCUGACUUUGUGAGGAAGAUUGGUGGUCGGAGUUGGUAGGGGUGUCAUCUCAGCCGAGUUAGGCUCCUUCCGGUUUCUCUGGCAGUGUUCAGAGUCCGGAUUCCAGGAUUGAUAUACUAUCCCUGAUUGGUUCUGGAGGGUUUUCAGAGUGUUAAUUGGAUGACAUCAGUCCGGGGCAGCCUGAAGCCCCGGCUUUGGAUUCGGUGGGGGAGAGUGAACCAUUGGUGGUGAAUGCGCCUUUGAUGGUGUUUUUCGCACUCUGCACGCUGUGGUCGAUGUUAGGCAGCGUUUUGUUCGGGUUUCCCUGGUUUGAGCCUUGGGCUGCCUUGAUGGGUGGCAGCGUGCAGAGUGCGUUUUAUCAGGGUUACCACAAUUUUAUGUGGGUUUGAGCCUUGGGCUACGGCGGCAGCGAGCGAGUACACAGUUUAAAGGUUACUGCAGGUUUUUUGUGGGAAGCCUGCAGUAACCAUUUUGAUGGUGGAUCUUUGAUGUUAUGGGGCUAUUUUGCUUCCACAGGUCCUGGGGCUAUUGUUAAGGUCAACGGCAUAAUUAACCUUUUCCCAGUACCAGGACAUUUUAGCCAAAAACCUGGUUACCUCUGCCAGGAGGCUGAAACUUGGACGUACAGUGCAUUCGGAAAGUAUUCAGACCCCUUGACUUUUUCCACAUUUUGUUACAUUAAAGCCUUAUUCUAAAAUUGCUUAAAUCGAUUUUUCCCCUCAUCAAUCUACUCACAAUACCCCAUAAUAACAAAGCAAAAACAGGUUUUUAGAAAUGUUUGCAAAAACAUUUUUUUUAACUUUUACUGAGGAGUUGCUUCCCUCUGGCCACUGUACCAUAAAGGCCUGAUUGGUGGAGUGCUGCAGAGAAGGUUGUCCUUCUGGGAGGUUCUCCCAUCUCCACAGUGGAACUCUAGAGCUUUGUCAGAGUGACCAUCGGGUUCUUGGUCAGCUCCCUGACCAAGGCCCUUCUCCCCAGAUUGCUCAGUUUAGCCGGGCGGCCAGCUCUAGGAAGAGUCUUGGUGGUUCCAAACUUCUUCCAUUUAAGAAUGAUGGAGGCCACUGUGUUCUUGGGGACCUUCAAUGCUGCAGACAUUUUUUGGUACCUUUCCCCAGAUCUGUGCCUCGACACAAUCCUGUCUCAGAGCUCUACAGACAAUUCCUUCGACCUCAUGGCUUGAUUUUUGCUCUGACAUGCACUGUCAACUGUGGGACCGUAUAUAGACAGGUGUGUGCCUUUCCAAAUCAUGUCCAAUCAAUUGAAUUAACCACAGGUGGACUCCAAUCAAGUUGUAGAAACAUCUCAAGGAUGAUCAAUGGAAAAAGGAUGCACCUGAGCUCAAUUUCGAGUCUCAUAGCAAAGGGUCUGAAUACUUAUGUAAAUAAGGUAUUUCGCUUUGUCAUUAUGGGGUAUUGUGUGUAGAUUGCUGAGAUAAUUGUUAUUUAUUUAAUCCAUUGUAGAAUAAGGCUGUAACAUAACAACAUUUUGAAAAAGUAAAGUCUGCGGACUUGUAACCCAUUGAAAACCUGCAGUUUGAAUGGAAAAGGGCAGUCCAUAAGCGCAGACUAAGGAUAUCAAUGAUCUGGAAGGAUUCUGUAUGGAGGAAUGGUCUAAGAUCCUUCCCAAUGGGUUCUCCAACUCAUAAAACCAAGGGAGAAAAAGGCUCAGUGCCAUUCUCCUCGCUAGGUGAGGUAUUGAACACAGGGGUGUCAGUAAUUUUUUUGAAAAAUAAAUAUGACUUGUUAAACAAAAUCUCUUUCUCUGAGCAAUUGUAUUACCGGUAGAAUAAAAUAAUAUAAUUUCCCCAUUUUUGUUUUGUGCAUAAAAUAUAGCUCAGUAUUUGAGAUAUUUAUUUUAUACAGUCAUCUUUGCUCAUCUUUUUCAAGGGGGUCAAUCAUUUCAGACCCCACUGUAUGUUGCCCUUAGAGUUGUGCAAAGUUUGUAGAAUCUUAUUGUAAAUGAUUCAAAGCUGUAAUGGCUGCCAAAAGUAUUAUCUCUGGGAUAAAUGUAAAUGUAAAUGUAAAUGUAUGAAGACAUAUGCAAUCAUUAUUAUUAAUUUUAUUAAAAUUAUUUGUUGUCUUUAUUAUUAAUUUGGAAAAUGUUCUAGCAUAUUCUUUCACUUUGAAAAUGUGGAUUAGGUUAUUUAGAUCGGUAAGAAAAAAAUCCAAUGCAAUCCCUUAUACUUAAUAUUUAAUUUUUACGGAAGAAAACUGUGCAAGUGGUGAGUAGACUUUCACUAGGUGCUGUAUGUUUUAAUUAUUCCUGUGUGUAUGGCUAUUGAGUGUAGCUCCUGUGUGUUGCAGCGUCAGGCCUGUCCCUGGUGCUGUUUGCUGUGUCACAGGAGGAGCUGCUCAACAGACUAAUGGUAUUUGGCAGCGCCGGCACCGUGGACUCUCUGUGCCACCUUAAUGAAUGGGGCCGCUGCUCCAUCCCCAUUCACGCCCUGCAGGUAGGCCUGGGGCUCGUUCAGUUGGUCAAAUGGUUUGCUUCAUUUCACAACAGUACGUACUGAACGACACAUGCCUUUGUUUUGUAUUUGUAGGCUGGUCUGAAGAAUCACCAGUUGGACACAGUGGACUUCUUCCUGAAGAGCAAAAAUAACGUCCUGACACCACCCUCGGGGUAUAUUCUACCUGACCAAUCAGCUGUCAUCUCAACCCAGAGCCAGCUGAAGAGUAAGGCCUUUACAAUACAUUUCAUAUUAAUCACAUAAAGCCCUAGAAUCCUAAUAGAAAUACUUAGUAUUAUUGUAAUAGUAUGCCAUAGUAAUUAAUGCUAAGUAUACAUUUUACAUGCAUGUUGAUGCUACACUAUUUUAUUUAUUUGUGCAGGGACACCACCUCCUGUUAUUUUAAGGGAUUAUCAGUAGCCCAAGCUUCUUUAAGAUUUCAUUAAAUGAUUUAUGAAUUUAAAUGUGCAAUUUCUUAAUAAUUAUUCACUCAAUAAUCAAUACCUACCAUUGAAAUAUUGCAUGGCGCAAAUAGUGUACAGUUCAAGUGACAUCUUUCGUCCGUUUGUCAUGUUUAUGUAAUGUAGUAUUGUGUUGCAAGAUCAAUACACUUCACUGAUUUUAUAAAUCAGGCUGAAAAAUAAGGGGUGCAUUGAUAGUUAAAUUGAAAGCUACAAUGUAAUGGUAAGCACUGUGAGGACACUCUAGGUUGUAAAUGCAAGUAAUCGGAAAAUCCUAUACCAUGCAUGACAAUAAAAUGCUUGGGGAACACAGACACACGAACAGAAACACGCACAGCACACACACGGUGAGAGUUACGACGGUAAUGAUUCAUAUUGUGCACUGACGCAUGGGAGCUAUUAGGCCAACGGUCUGUCGUAUCAGCCUCGCCUCCUGAGUCCUGAUUGGAUCGUUGGAUAGUAGGUAAAGCAUUGGAUGCCCUUGAGAUCAGAUAGUGUGCCUGUCAUUAAUCUAGCCCACUGGGAGUGGCUGACAAACAGGAUGGAACAAAGAUUGGUAUUUGGUAUUUUAUUAAGAUCCCCAUUAGCUGUUGCGAAAGCAGCAGCUACUCUUCCUGGGGUCCACACAACAUAAAACAUGACAUAAUACAACAAAUUAUAAACAAGAGCAGCUCAAAGACAGAACUACAUAAAUAAAAUAUAUAUAUAUUUCACACACACACACAAAUGUGUAUUUAAAUGUGUGUGUGUGUGUGUGAGAGAGAGAAAGGAAGGGGACUGUACCUCAUGCGAUGUCAGCUAGAAUUACCGCUCCCAAUAGUAAUUGCCUUCUCACAUGAUGUUUUACUGUAGUCUCAUCACAGCCUAGUAAUUGAAAUGGUAUAUAAAAUUGUGUAUGUGUGCAUGCGCCCCCAUGCAUUUAAUUUGUGUGUGUGUGUGGUUGAUGUUUUCUCCUACUGGCUAGAAUAAAUGUGUUCAUAUUAAUAUGUCUGGAGUGUAUAUGUAACAAACAAAAAAAAUGGGUAGGACAUUGUAAUUACCAGAAUGUAAUGAAUAGAACUGUAGCAAACACAGCCAUUACAAUGGCUAAAUUUCCCCCGUUUCUCCCUCCACUGCCCUACACAUAUGAUAUGACCUGGGUACAGAUCUAGGAUCAGCUUCCCCUCCCCCAAUCCUAACCUUAACCAUUAGUGGGGAACAUGCAAAACUGACUAAAGAUCAGCUUCUAGAGGCAACUUCAUCCUACUCCAGAUAUGACAGCGUGAGUGUUUCUCUCUGUUCCUGUAGAUGUCCAGGAUCUGUGUCCGGCGCUGGACCUUCUGCGUUGUGCCAUCAGAGACAACCAUACUGAGGUCCAGAGCCGACAAUUUUCAGAACAACUGCUCAGCAUCACCCUGGCCUUCCUCAACACACAAGUCAGGGCCGUCGUCUCCGCCACAGAGGGUAAGACACUGCAUGCUUUUGAAUGCACUGCUAGCAGCAAGGUAUAAUUUUUUUUUUUUAAGUGAACAAUCCCUUUUAAGAUUUGUUUUUGGGGGGACACUGCAUCAACCUGCUUAGUUGCCAACUGUAUAGUUACAGAAUCCAGUUGCUGUAAGCAUGAUGCAUUAGGAGUGCUGCCUCACUGAGCAGAGUCGUGGUCGAGUGGUUCUAGGCACUGUUCUAGUUCCCUGGAGACUGGGGUUCAAUCCCUGUGUCCACCCUUCACACUACUAUGCCUGAUCCAUUUCCCCCUCUGUUUCUCACCUCUCUGAAAUGAAAUCAAUACAAUCUGAAAUCCACCCACUCCUUUAAAAUAAAAAAUAAAUGCUACUAUCUCAAGCAAUCAGCCAUGGCUGGCACGAAAACAUCUGAAGGAGAUUGCAUCAACCUGCUUAGUUGCCAACUGUAUAACUAAAAAAUCCAGUUGACAUUAGAAUUUGGAUUGCUGCCACAGUCUUGACAUGUUAUUGAAAUAUACUGAAUAGAAAUAUAAGUGCAACGUAACAAUUUCAACGAUUUUACUGAGUUACAGUUUAUAUAAGGAAAUCAGUGAAUUUAAAUGAAUUCAUUAGGCCCUAAUCUAUGGAUUUCACAUGAUUGGGCAGGGGCGCCGUUUUAUUUCAGCUCAUGAAACAUGGGACCAACACUUUACAUGUUGCAUUUAUAUUUUUCUUCAGUAUAGAAAAGUCUAUAGAAAUAGAAACUCCAGCACACUGGUGACCUUGAUGCUCCAUAAAUGUAACAGAUCUUAUAUUUCAGUCUCAAUAGACCUUCAUCAGGGAUUUAGAUUGAUAUUAUUAGGAGAUCAGAACCAAGUUUGUAUGGUCUAUGUUCAAUCAUGAUAAGGUCUGAUGAUGGUGGGUGUUUAACCUCUUAAGGAUCGGACCCUUUUUUGAAAUUUUCGCCUAAAAUGACAGACCCAAAUCUAACUGCCUGUAGCUCAGGACCUGAAGCACGGAUAUGCAUCUAAUUGAUACCAUUUGAAAGGAAACACUUUGAAGUUUGUGGAAAUGUAAAAUUAAUGUAGGAGAAUAUAACACAUUAGAUCUGGUAAAAGAUAAUACAAACAAAAAAACAAGGGGUCUCCAAUUUAAGUGCCUUGCUUAAGGGCACAUCGACAGAUUUUUCACCUAGUCGGCUCGGGGAUUAGAACCAGCGACCUUUCGGUUACUGGCACUAUUCUCUUACCCACUAAGCUACUAGACUAUUUUGUAUGAAGUCUGCCCAAAUGUGCCAAUUGAUACAUUUUCAUGUACAUAACUAUAGAGAACAUACAAAAAUAAUAUGGUAAUACAAAGGUAAGUUUACACACUCCCAGGAACACACUCACAGGAAUGUCAUACAUGAUGGAUCAUUAGCUUAUACACUAACAUUCACACAUAGAUGGCUGGGCGGGGUGGGUGUGGAGCCAGAGACAGCAAGGGUUCAAACUGUAGAACCCAGUUCCUACAUUUGAAUAUCAAAAGGGAUUUUAUCAAACAAAACUAUGCUACAUUUUAUCUCUGGGUCCCUCAGGAUGACAAAUCAGAGCAAGAUUACUGAAUGUAAGUACAUUAUUUACCUUCAGAGGUGAAUGUAUCAAACCAGUUGCCAUGAUAUGUUUUUUGUUGUUGUGCACUCUCCUCAAACAGCAGCAUGGUAUUUUUUCACUGUAAUAGCUACAGUAAAUUGGACAGUGCAGUUAAAUUAACAAGAAUUUAAGCUUUCUGCCCAUAUAAGACAUUUGAUGUUACUUACAACAGUCAUGCUAAUCACAUUAGCGCACUUUAGCUCAAUCGUUCCGUAUACGGGACACCGAUCCCGUAGAGGUUAAAACGUUCAAUAACACAGUGGUUUCUCCCUAUUCUCUCAUUUCUUUCUACACAGAGCUGGAUGAGAACCUGCGGAAGUGUGUGGAGAUCUUGGAUAGUUACGUCUCGGAUCUGCGCACCUUCAUGAAGAGGUUUCCCUGGCCAACAGGUGCCGACACUUUCACCCUUAUCCCAUCCCCCAUACCUGUAGCUGAGGAGGUGGAGAACGACGACUGGUGUUCCCUCUCAACUGAGGUAAAAACACAGUGGACUUUAUUUAGUCACAAUCACACAGACGCACACAAGGAGCAGAGUGGGCAUGAAUCCUCAACGACAUCCUAGAUGGGUAAUAAUGAUAAUGGCUUGAAUUCUUGUCACACUUUUUGCCCAUAGGCCUCAAAGCACUUGACAUUGUGCUUGGAUAACUCUUCUCAUCCACCAUACGCAACAGCCAUUUUGCACCAGAAUGAUUCUCACCAAUUGGCUAUAAUUACAUAAUUAUCUACAGUAAUGACCAGAAAUCUGAUUUCUGAUACUGUGUGUGUGUGUUUGUGUGUGUCAAGGAGGUGGUCAAGCGGGCAGUGCUGACCAAGCAGAUUCCCCGGGCCCAGGCCUACCUGAGGAGCCAGAACAGGCCAGAUCAGCGGCUGGAGGAGUUGAGGAGUACGGGGCUGCGUCUGGCCUUCACCUGCCUCACACACAGAGACCUGGAGCAGGCCACUGCACUGCUCAGGAACAUGGUGAGACUAUGGCUCUGUUCGGUUUGCUUUCACUAAUCCAUCCUGGAAGGAUUCUGUAUGGAGGAAUGGUCUAAGAUCCCUCUGAAUGUGUUCUACAACUCAUCAAACCUUUUAGAAAAAGGCUCAGUGCCGUUUUCCUCACAAGGUGAGGUAUUGAAGGGUAUUGAAAACUGGAGUGUCAAUAAUUUUGUCUUCUACCUUUUUGAGAGAAAAAAAUAUUACUUGUUGAACAAAAUCUCUUUCUCUGAGCAAUCGCAUUAGCAUAAAAUAAUAUAAUUUCCCCCAAAAAAUGUUGCAUACAAUAUAACUCAGUAUUUGUAUUUAGUUUAUACAGUCAUUUUUGCCCAUCUUUAUCAAGGGUGUCAAUAAUUUCAGACCCCACUGUAGGUUGCCCUUAGAGUUGUGCAAAGUUGGUAGAAUCUAAUUCUAAAUGCUUCCACCAAGUAUUACCUCUUAGGUCAUCUUUAUCAAGGGUGUCAAUCAUUUUAGGACCCCACUCUAUAUGCCAUUUAGCAGACGCUUUUAUCCAAAGGCACUUCCAGUCAUGCAUGCAUACAUUUUACAUAUGGGUGGUCCCGGGAAUCGAACCCACUAUCCUGGCGUUGCAAGCACCAUACUCUAACAACUGAGAUACGGAGGACCAACUCUAUAUACAGUGAGGGAAAAAAGUAUUUGAUCCCCUGCUGAUUUUGUACGUUUGCCCACUGACAAAGAAAUGAUCAGUCUAUAAUUUUAAUGGUAGGCUUAUUUGAACAGCGAGAGACAGAAUAACAACAAAAAAAUCCAGAAAAACGCAUGUCAAAAAUGUUAUGAAUUGAUUUGCAUUUUAAUGAGGGAAAUAAGUAUUUGACCCCCUCUCAAUCAGAAAGAUUUCUGGCUCCCAGGUGUCUUUUAUGCAGGUAACGAGCCCUCUGCAAAACAUGAGUUAGUACUUGGUGGCAAAACCCUUGUUGGCAAUCACAGAGGUCAGACGUUUCUUGUAGUUGGCCACCAGGUUUGCACACAUCUCAGGAGGGAUUCUGUCCCACUCCUCUUUGCAGAUCUUCUCCAAGUCAUUAAGGUUUCGAGGCUGACGUUUGGCAACUCGAACCUUCAGCUCCCUCCACAGAUGUUCUAUGGGAUUAAGGUCUGGAGACUGGCUAGGCCACUCCAGGACCUUAAUGUGCUUCUUCUUGAGCCACUCCUUUGUUGCCUUGGCCGUGUGUUUUGGGUCAUUGUCAUGGUGGAAUACCCAUCCACGACCCAUUUUCAAUGCCCUGGCUGAGGGAAGGAGAUUCUCACCCAAGAUUUGACGGUACAUGGCCCCGUCCAUCGUCCCUUUGAUGCGGUGAAGUUGUCCUGUCCCCUGAGCAGAAAAACACCCCCAAAGCAUAAUGUUUCCACCUCCAUGUUUGACGGUGGGGAUGGUGUUCUUGGGGUCAUAGGCAGCAUUCCUCCUCUUCCAAACACGGCGAGUUGAGUUGAUGCCAAAGAGCUCCAUUUUGGUCUCAUCUGACCACAACACUUUCACCCAGUUCUCCUCUGAAUCAUUCAGAUGUUCAUUGUCUGUCAGACGGGCAUGUAUAUGUGCUUUCUUGAGCAGGGGGACCUUGCGGGCGCUGCAGGAUUUCAGUCCUUCACAGCGUAGUGUGUUACCAAUUGUUUUUUUGGUGACUAUGGUCCCAGCUGCCUUGAGAUCAUUGACAAGAUCCUCCCGUGUAGUUCUGGGCUGAUUCCUCACCAUUCUCAUGAUCAUUGCAACUCCACGAGGUGAGAUCUUGCAUGGAGCCCCAGGCCGAGGGAGAUUGACAGUUCUUUUGUGUUUCUUCCAUUUGCGAAUAAUCUCACCAACUGUUGUCACCUUCUCACCAAGCUGCUUGGCGAUGGUCUUGUAGCCCAUUCCAGCCUUGUGUAGGUCUACAAUCUUGUCCCUGACAUCCUUGGAGAGCUCUUUGGUCUUGGCCAUGGUGGAGAGUUUGGAAUCUGAUUUAUUGAUUGCUUCUGUGGACAGGUGUCUUUUAUACAGGUAACAAACUGAGAUUAGGAGCACUCCCUUUAAGAGUGUGCUCCUAAUCUCAGCUCGUUACCUGCAUAAUAGACACCUGGGAGCCAGAAAUCUUUCUGAUUGAGAGGGGGUCAAAUACUUAUUUCCCUCAUUAAAAUGCAAAUCAAUUUAUAACAUUUUUGACAUGCGUUUUCUGGAUUUUUUUGUUGUUAUUCUGUUUCUCACUGUUCAAAUAAACCUACCAUUAAAAUUAUAGACUGAUCAUUUCUUUGUCAGUGGGCAAACGUACAAAAUCAGCAGGGGAUCAAAUACUUUUUUCCCUCACUGUAGUCUGACAACAUUUUAAAACGAUUCUCACCAAUUGGCUAUAAUUACAUAAUUAUCUACAGUAAUGACCAGAAAUCUGAUUUCUGAUACUGUGUGUGUGUGUUUGUGUGUGUCAAGGAGGUGGUCAAGCGGGCAGUGCUGACCAGCAUAUUCCCGGGCCCAGGCCUACCUGAGGAGCCAGAACAGGCAGAUCAGCGGCUGAGGAGUUGAGGAGUACGGGGCUGCGUCUGGCCUUCACCUGCCUCACCACACAGAGACCUGGAGCGGCCACUGCACUGCUCAGGAACAUGGUGAGACUAUGGCUCUGUUCGGUUUGCUUUCACUAAUCCAUCCUGGAAGGAUUCUGUAUGGAGGAAUGGUCUAAGAUCCCUCUGAAUGUGUUCUACAACUCAUCAAACCUUUUAGAAAAAGGCUCAGUGCCGUUUUCCUCACAAGGUGAGGUAUUGAAGGGUAUUGAAAACUGGAGUGUCAAUAAUUUUGUCUUCUACCUUUUUGAGAGAAAAAAAUAUUACUUGUUGAACAAAAUCUCUUUCUCUGAGCAAUCGCAUUAGCAUAAAAUAAUAUAAUUUCCCCCAAAAAAUGUUGCAUACAAUAUAACUCAGUAUUUGUAUUUAGUUUAUACAGUCAUUUUUGCCCAUCUUUAUCAAGGGUGUCAAUAAUUUCAGACCCCACUGUAGGUUGCCCUUAGAGUUGUGCAAAGUUGGUAGAAUCUAAUUCUAAAUGCUUCCACCAAGUACUACCUCUUAGGUCAUCUUUAUCAAGGGUGUCAAUCAUUUUAGGAACCCACUCUAUAUGCCAUUUAGCAGACACUUUUAUCCAAAGGCACUUCAAGUCAUGCAUGCAUACAUUUUACAUAUGGGUGGUCCCGGGAAUCGAACCCACUAUCCUGGCGUUGCAAGCACCAUACUCUAACAACUGAGAUACGGAGGACCAACUCUAUAUAGUCAGACAACAUUUUACAACAUGGAGAUUGUUAAACAAUAUGACUCAGCAUGUUCGUAGUUAGACAACGAUGAACAAUGGUAACAAUAUAAGAAAAACAAAACAAACAAUAUAGCUGCGAGCAGCAAUGAACGGGGUUCACAGGAUGACAGAAAGGACACAAGAUCAGUUGGAUAGCAAAGCAAGCACUCUAUCAUGUAGGAACGAUCUUUCUUUAUGUGCAAUCAUGUCUAAAUACAACAUCUGGAGUGAAUCUGAUGUACGGUUCAUGAGGAGAAGAUGAUUGCAGAUGAUUUUUAGCAUUAGCGUUACAUAUGCAAAGAAUGAGUUGUUAAUAGUUUCCUUGUUGUUGUUUUUUUAUAUAAAUACCAAAUUCAGUGUGCUUCAUCUUAGGGAUGUCAAUGAUAGCGAUGACAAGUUCCAAGUUGAUAGGCCACCGUGGAGUGGAUUUCCAGUGGUUUGAAUUGACACGUAAAAUCAGAUUUUUGAUUUGUCAGUAACUCAGCUACCUCUUAACCAAUCCCUUGGCUUUUCUCAAACUAAGUUAAGAGAUGUACCAUGGGCCUGUUACUUAUGGUUCAUGAGAAUACGUUUUUCCAAGAUGGAGGAGAAUCUAUCGUGAUUGUCCUUAUGACAUUUAUUCAGCAUGAGGAAAGACACUUGCAUCCAAAGUUUCAAGUCUUUCGGUCAAACAGGCCGGCGAAUAGGAGGGUUUAAGUGAGAUUGCUUAUAAAGAAAAAUUAGCUACAAAGAAAAAUUGUCAACUGAUAAAUGGCUAAAACCUAAACUCAGAACUCAUAACCAGAUCAAAACACCUAUGAGCCAGAACCCUAUGUCAUCUGACAAGAAAUCAAAGAACCUUGUGUGCCCAGUUGAGAACUGGGAUACUGCUUCUGGCAAUUGAAGUAGGUAGGUUCAAUGCCAUCAAUGAAGAAGAGCAGCUAUAGACUUGUUGGUUGUUUAGCAACAAAACUGACUUGUGCGCAACUAUGGGAUUGGCUUAUAUUGUUGGCAACAUGUCAACUAUAUUUAGUUUACAAUGUUUGUUGAAAACAUAAAUACAUUUGCACAAUGAGCACUUGUUGUCUCUCAAAUACAUUGUUGCAGUUGUUGGUUAGCUAGCUAGUGAAUUUUUGCUAUAUUAGCAUAGACGUGACAUCAGUCAAAACACCUCAAAACAAGACAUGGUAUCAAGAACAAGAUAAACCUAGUACUAGCUCCGGGGUGCCAAUAAUUCUGUCCAUGCAUUUGUCUUAAUUUUUUUAAAUAAAACUGUUACACUUAAAGUAAGGUGUAGAGACCAAAAGUUUUUUCAAUUUCAUCUUGUUUUAGAAGAAAUAUGGAAUUUUGGGGGAUUUUUGUAUUUUCUGUAUGUAAGGGUGCCAAUAUAUUUGGCCGCAACUAUGUAUGUAUGUAUGUAUGUAUGUAUGUAUGUAUGUAUGUACUUGUGUGCAUAUAUAAGUAUGAUCAUUUUCUUUGGUGAGUACAGUGUCUUAUAAGCCCAUGUGGGCUGGGCAUCAUGAAGAUGCAUGACACUAUAUAAUAUAAUCAACCAAUCAAUCAAUCAUAUAAGACUACUUGACUGUGGUUACACUGCAUGAUUAUUUUACAUAACCCACAGGACAGACAGAGCUUUGCUAUUCAAUGUGCCCAGAGUCUGCGAAUACAGGGAUGUUGUUAGCAUCUCACACACCCAUGACCAAGCAGGAAUGUUAGUGUGUCCUCCAUGGCUAAAUGGGCAUUUCUCAUGCAACUGAAUUAGACAGGAGUCUUCUUGUUUUUUAUUGUUGUUUGUUUUGCUGUGUGAAUAAACCAAAAUUGUAUAAACACAGUCAGAGCUUUGCGAUAAUGCUCCAUACUGUGGUUAAAAGACUCCAACGCCAGCGUUGUCUGUUUUCAGGGUUUCAACGUAAAGAAGCAACUGCAUAACAUAUGCCUCUACACAGACGACCGGGACCUAAGGGACUUUGUGGUAAGACCAGCAUUUUGAGCAAAUUCAAUGAUCGCGUCUAACAUUGGCUUUCAUUAUUUGGAUGAUUUGACUGUUAAAAAACUAAUUUCAGCCAGACAAGGGUGAAAUUAAAAAUAUAGUCCUUAUCACCAUCUCUUUAUGAACAUAACUCAUUACCUUUUGGCGGCCUCAAAGGCGUUAUUACCAAUCUUAUUAAGAUUUGGGGUUUUUCAAUUACUGUCUGCAGGUGGAGGAGUUGUCAAAGCAGAGCUAUUUGUCUGAUGAAGAGGUGCAGAGGAUGGAAUUCAUCAAACAGAUGGAGGCUUUGUGUGCGGUGCCUGAGACGUGCUGCACAGACCCUGUGGGCAGACAACGGUAUGAGAUAAAACAGACUCUUUACUGCAUUUGGUUUUACAGUUUUCUCUUCAUGUACUUUUCUACUGUCAGGAUUUCUGACACCGUAUCCACCUGGGUCGUGUUCUUUAGUCAUCAAAACAAAAGAAAACACAGAAACAGGGAGGGACAACCUGGACUUGUCCAAUAAGAACUGCUAAAAUGUUUUCUAUUUCAGCAGUGUUUUACAAUGUCUGUUGCGUGUCCUAAUGAACACGGCCCUGGAUGCCAGUAGUUGUUUUUCUCUGCUUACAUGACAUGACAUUUUACCAUGUUAGCAGUAAACAGUUAGUUUUUUUUGCUCAAUCAUUUAUCUUUAGUCUUGCUCUAUGGCAAUGCACUUCCUGUUUCAAUGUAGCAAACUGUACUGUGUACUGCUUUCUCUCAGGGUUCCUCAGAUGGCCCAGACAGACCCAGGGUCUAAGAGCCUGCUGGAGGAGCUGGUAGACCAGAGAGGCUCCCAGUCAGAACAGACACUGUGGAGCUCGCUGCGUCUGGACUGGGUCAGACAUUGGGACCACAACACCCAGAGAGCCAUCCUGCUGUCACGCCUACAAGACUCAGGUAGGACUCUCUUAACCCUGCAUUCACACCCUAUAUGAGUAAUCGUAAGUACGAGAUCCCGACUUGGAAAAAACAUUCAGCUUUCAAGUGGUACAAGUUGGAAACUCGUAUCAUCUCUGGACCCCGACUUUCCCGUCAUGCUGAACUCUGACUUCACCUACCACAGAAAUUACUUUGAUGACAGCAUUUUCGGCACUUAAAGGGAUAAUCCACUCCAGAAUGAAAGUCCUGUCAAUUUGGUGAUAGUCAAUGUUCUAUGAGUGAGUAAAACAUUUAUUUUCACCAUGAUUUAACUUCUAAGUGGUCUGCCUGUGAAAUCAGGAAAUCGUGUUGUGCCAUGUCAUCACGAUCAGGUUCUCGUCACUGAAGAAUUCAAAAUUAUCACAUUUCAUAACACUUUAAAAAAUAUAUACCUGCACUCCCGAUCACCAUAUCAGCCAAUGCAUGGUAUGGGCAUACAGUUGAAGUCGGAAGUUUACAUACACCUUAGCCAAAUACAUUUAAACUCAGUUUUUCACAAUUCCUGACAUUUAAUCCUAGUAAAAAUUCCCUGUCUUAGGUCAGUUAGGAUCAGCACAUUAUUUUAAGAAUGUGAAAUGUCAGAAUAAUUGUAGAGAAAAUUAUUUCAUUCAGCUUUUAUUUCUUUCAUCACAUUCCCAGUGGGUCAGAAGUUUACAUACACUCAAUUAGUAUUUGGUAGCAUUGCCUUUAAAUUGUUUAACUUGGGUCAAACGUUUCGGGUAGCCUUCCACAAGCUUCCCACAAUAAGUUGGGUGAAUUUUGGCCCAUUCCUCCUGACAGAGAUGGUGUAACUGAGUCAGGUCUGUAGGCCUCCUUGCUUGCACACGCUUUUUCAGUUCUGCCCAUAAAUUUUCUAUAGGAUUGAGCUCAGGGCUUUGUGAUGGCCACUCCAAUACCUUGACUUUGUUGUCCUUAAGCCAUUUUGCCACAACUUUGGAAGUAUGCUUGGGGUCAUUGUCCAUUUGGAAGACCCAUUUGCGACCAAGCUUUAACUUCCUGGCUGAUGUCUUGAGAUGUUGCUUCAAUAUAUCCACAUCAUUUUCCUUCCUCAUGAUGUCAUCUAUUUUGUGAAGUAUACCAGUCCCUCCUGCAGCAAAGCACCCCCACAGCAUGAUGCUGCCACCCCUGUGCUUCACGGUUGGGAUGGUGUUCUUCGGCUUGCAAGCCAUCCCCUUUUUCCUCCAAACAUAACGAUGGUCAUUAUGGCCAAACAGUUCUAUUUUUGUUUCAUCAGACCAGAGGACAUUUCUCCAAAAAGUGCAAUCUUUGUCCCCAUGUGCAGUUGCAAACCGUAGUCUGGCUUUUUUAUGGCGGUUUUGGAGCAGUGGCUUCUUCCUUGCUGAGCGGCCUUUCAGGUUAUGUCGAUAUAGGACUCGUUUUACUGUGGAUAUAGAUACUUUUGUACCUGUUUCCUCCAGCAUCUUCACACGGUCCUUUGCUGUUGUUCUGGGAUUGAUUUGCACUUUUCGCACCAAAGUACGUUCAUCUCUAGGAGACAGAACGCAUCUCCUUCCUGAGCGGUAUGACGGCUGUGUGGUCCCAUGGUGUUUAUACUUGCGUACUAUUGUUUGUACAGAUGAACGUGGUACCUUCAGGUGUUUGGAAAUUGCUCCCAAGGAUGAACCAGACUUGUGGAGGUCUACCAUUUUUUUCUGAGGUCUUGGCUGAUUUCUUUUGAUUUUCCCAUGAUGUCAAGCAAAGAGGCACUGAGUUUGAAGGUAGGCCUUGAAAUACAUCCACAGGUACACCUCCAAUUGACUCAAAUGAUGUCAAUUAGCCUAUCAGAAGCUUCUAAAGCCAUGACAUAAUUUUCUGGAAUUUUCCAAGCUGUUAAAAGGCACAGUCAACUUAGUGUAUGUAAACUUCUGACCCACUGGAAUUGUGAUACAGUGAAUUAUAAGUGAAAUAAUCUGUCUGUAAACAAUUGUUGGAAAAAUUACUUGUGUCAUGCACAAAGUAGAUGUCCUAUCCAACUUGCCAAAACUAUAGUUUGUUAACAAGACAUUUGUGGAGUGGUUGAAAAACAAGUUUUAAUGACUCCAACCUAAGUGUAUGUAAACUUCCGACAUGAACUGUACUUGUCUAGAACACAUCCAUCCGUCUAUAUAUCGUCAUGACAAACUACAUAUUUUGCUAAGAUGUACUCAAACUAAACAGACCGAAUUAUUCAACUCAAUUUUUCCUUCAACUACCAUCACGCAACACAAAUUUCUCUUCUCCCCCCUUGCCCUGUGUGUGUUUGUGGCCGCACUGUGCCUGUGGGGCCGUUGCGUUGCCAUAGCAACACCAGACUCCACUCUGUGAGGCACACGACCUGCAGUUUGAACAUGGUGCGAUUGUAACCUCCUAAAUUGAUAGUGCAGGUUGUUUCGGCGAUUUUACAGCUUGCUACCUACUUCACAUGCUGAAAUUGACUUUGAUAUUAUCAGGGACACCUCGUAGGCUUGGGGGGAUUUGACCGAAUAUUACACAUUUCCCUCACACACAGUAACGGUUGUACAUUUUGGGCAAUGUGUUCUGAGCAUUCUGAGCCCAAACUGACAUCUUUCCAAGAAGUAGAUUAGGAUAAAAACUACUUUGUUUGAGGUCUGUGUUAGUUUUAAAAGCGCGUGAAGCUGUUGUCUCUUCCUGCUGGUUGCUAGGCUACACGAAAAAGCAUGCUCACAGGAGAGGGGCAACGCCCACGUACACAGACCCGAACCGUGA